CAGCGGCGUUACGGCAGAUAGUAUCCGUUGUGUCCUCUCUGUCUAAAGGCUCUUUGAGAGUUCCGGUCUAACGGCGCUCAAUUUACGCAGUUUUACGUCUCGUUUCAAACUGAAAUAACUACAACAUGCGCGUUUCUUGACGCGUUGCAUGAUCCAUCGUGUUUCACGGCGGACAGAAAACAACAAACAAUCUGUUUGUUUCCACUUUAAAGGGGCGUGGCUAACCCCCCCACGCACAUAACUUAACGGUGGCGGCGCCGCGGAGCUCAGUACGCGCUGCAGACCCUCCAGAGAAGCCGGCCAGCAGCCCCCCGUCCCGGCCAGAGGAAAUGAAGAGGCGGUUACAUAAGAAAUACCUGGUGUUGAUCCUGGCAUAUUCGGGUUUACUCCUGCUAAUCCCGUACGUGUUAGAUUACCGGGACAAAUCCGUGCAGCGCGCUCAACACGGGCUCCCGCAGCAGCAGCCCCGGUGUCCAGACCUGGAGAACUCCGUGGCGCAGCUGUGGGAUAACGGGGACCGGGUGAACGGCAGCGGCGACGCGGCGGAGCCCGCCGCCAACCGGAGCCGGUCGCGGAUACACAUCUACCUGCACGCCACCUGGAGGACCGGCUCGUCGUUCCUGGGGGAGUUGUUCAACCAGCACCCCGACGUCUUCUACCUGUACGAGCCCAUGUGGCACAUCUGGCAGGCUCUGUACCCGGGGGACGCGGGCAGCCUGCAGGGCGCGGUGCGCGACAUGAUGAACGCGCUGUACCGCUGCGACUUCUCCGUGCUGCGGCUGUACGCCGGCUCGCAGAACGUCACCACGUCCUUCAUCUUCGGCUGGAAGAUGAACAAAGUGAUCUGCUCCGAGCCGCUGUGCGACGCGCACAGGCGGCACGAGGUGGGGCUGGUGAAGGAGGACCGCUGCGCCAAGUGCCCGAAGAGGGACAUCCGGGAGCUGGAGAGGGAGUGUAAGAAGUACCCGGUGAUGGUGAUCAAAGGGGUGCGCGUUUUGGACCUGAGCACGCUGGUCCCCCUGAUGAGGGACCCGGCCAUAAACCUCCAGAUCAUCCAGCUCUUCAGGGACCCCCGGGCCGUGCACAACUCCCGCCUGAAGUCCAAGCAGGCCCUGGUGAAGGAGAGCAUCCAGGUGCUGCGCAGCAAGAAGCAGACCGACAAGUACAAGCGGCUCCUGGUGCCCAACAACCGGGUGAACCGGGCCGAGAGCUACGUGUCCAGCGCCAUGGAGCUCAUCUGCGACAACUGGCUCGGGGACAUGAUGCUGGUGGCCAACGCGCCCCCCUGGCUGAGGAGGAACUACCUGCGCGUCCGCUACGAGGACCUGGUGCUGCAGCCUCUGGAGGAGCUCCAGAGGCUGCUCCGCUUCUCCAACCUCUCCUCCUCCGCGGCUCUGGAGACGUUCGCGCUGAACAUGACGCACGGCCAGGGUUACUCCUCGGACCGGCCGUUCCUGAUCUCCUCCAGGGACGCCAAGGAGGCCAUCUACGCGUGGAGGGAGCGGCUCAGCGUGGAGCAGAUCCACCAGGUGGAGGCCUACUGCAGCGAGGUCAUGAGGCAGCUGGGCUACGAGAGGAGCGGCGUGGACAAGACCUCAUGAGGGGAGCCGAGCGUGAUGAGGAGCAGCAGCUGGAAUGUGGCCCGCUGAGCUCAAGCUUGUUUUCCUUCAGCCGAGGAGACGAACCGAAGACAACCCAGGAGGAGGAGGCCGGCAGCCAAUCACAGGCGGCGGGGGAGAAAGCAGCUCAUUUGUACCGUGUGUUUAAUACCAGCAGGAGAUGUCGAGAGGAAACGGAGGCGGGGCUGGACCUCCGUCCUCCUGCCCUUUUCUUAGUCGCACUAAUCCAGAAGGAGCCUGAGACGGGUCCUCUUCGGGGAGCCGGACUGCCGGGAUCCGGGUCCGCCCGCUCGGCCUCGGACCAGCAGUCCGCUGCUCACCAACGUGGAGCUCUGAGAAGCUUCAGGGCUUGUUCCCCUCAGGACAGCUGACCAGCUGUUCAGUGUGUUGGGAGUUCUUAUGUCUACGAUGCUGCAGCAUCCACGUGUUCAACUUUAGAAGUUGGUUCGGUAACGACCUGAAGUGCGUAUCUUAUUAAAGAAAGAAAUAACUUUUAAGAUUAUUUAUACUAACCUCAAUAAAGAGAAGAGGAAGG